CGACCGUACUAUAGCGUCCUCUUGAAAAGCCCAUUAAGCUGACAGACUGGAUUCGAAUUGUUUUUCUAUGUAAUUUGUUGUUGUAAUCUGCGAGAGGUCUGAAAACUUUGACAAGAAAAGUGGGCGAAUUGUAUGACACAUACGACCAAAUACGUUCUUCAACCGUCAGCUGUUAGGGCCCUUGCCCGGAGACACGAAAUCUCCAAUUGAUACUUUGUCCCUUUGAGACAACGAACUGCAAAAUUUCAGGGGGCUGAGCCCUUUACAAGAGUAAACAUUUCUUUGGAAUAUCUGCGUAGAAGCUUACAGCCCGAAAUUGCACGAUGAAACAUAACGAACCUCUGAAAGAAGAAACUCUCGUAGAUGGGCUCACGAUCAGACUUCUAAAGGAGGACGAGUUGGAAUCAGUUGCUCGCUUCUGGACCGUCGACAUCGGUAUUCCUGUUGAGGUCAGGCUGUUUAAAAGAUGGUUCAUCGUCGAUCCGGAGGCCUUUCAGAUAGUUGUCGACAAAACAAAUCGUAUUAUUGCGUCGGCGACAGUGGUUAAACAGACGGAAGGGUUGUUUGUGCUUGGUUACAUGAGCGUGGCAAAGGAUUACCGUGGAAAAGGUAUUGGCAGGAUGCUACUUCAACGUAUGGUACAGCGAGCUUCCUUAGCCAACUAUGUGCUCAGCGCGAAUGGCUCGAAACUUUCGAUGUUUGAGGAGAAGGGAUUUAAGCGAGAAGAAGUCGGUGGUGCACUAGCCUAUAUUGGGAAGUUUACAAAUCAGCUUGACGAAAUCCCACCAAAGGGAGAUGAUAUGGAGAUGAUAAAAGCGACAGUCGGCGAUGCGAUCGUCUCCGAAAUAGGCGAGUAUGAUAGAAUGGUUAAUGGUUUUGCAAGGAACGUACCGAUCCUAAUUUUCGAUGAUCCGACGAGCAUAGUGCUUGUUGUUAAACAGAGAGGUAAAGUUGUAGGAUAUGGUAGAAUCCAGCCGUAUGUUCAUAAGGGGGCCUGGCUAGGGCCAAUUUAUGCGGAUGAUUCGGCUGCAGCGAGGUACCUUAUCGACUCACUUCUGCGAAGCUACGCCGAUAAAAAGUGUACCAUUAUCUUUGGAAUUAUUAGUGAGAGAGGCCAGCCGUUCGCUAAUUCUCUUGGACUGAAAUUUAUUGAAAGGCUUACAAGGUGUACGCUCAAAAACGGUUCGUUGGAGUUUCCACCAUCGAAAUUGGAUAAAGUCUAUGUGUUUGAUGAUCCAGGUCUGGCCUAUUUGUAACUGAUCGAUAGCCAACAAGCAAUAUAAAUCCGGCCUUUAGUUAGCGAAAGCCCUGCAGUUCCAAUAAAAUCUCUUAAGUAUUUUA